ACUGUGAGCCGGAAACAAUUCACUGGCUGUACCGGAACCGAAAGUGACGUGAAAGUGCAAAAAGUGAAAAAUGGCCGAUGAGCUGAAAAAGAAGCUGGCAAUGGUCAGCGACUCGCUGGGGCUGCUAGAGAAGUACAAGGAGGACUACACAACGAAUCCUAAGCUAGCAGAUCAGGUGGGUGCGUGGGCGAAACAACUGGAGGCGAUGUACGACAGGUUCUACGGUUUCUCUGCCAAGCUGGAGAUGCUGUCAACCGAUGCAGAAGUGGACAAGCUCAAGGAGGAUAGGCUGGCGUUUGACGCUCGCUACUACACGAUGCUGGCCUUUUGCUUGAAUAAGUCGACGCCCUCUGGAGCUGCGCCCAGUUUGCCUGCAUCUUCGGCUUCUUCUUCUUCCCAAACGCUGAGGACGAAGCUUCCUGAGUUGAUUCUUCCAAAGUUCAACGGCGAACUCAAACAUUGGUGCGAGUUUCGCGACGCAUUCAAGUCGGCGAUCGGCUCCCGUGACGAUAUCAGUGGAGUAGACAAGGUGCGGUACCUGAAGGGGCUCAUGGAAGGCGAAGCCAAGCUGUACCUGAACAACGUAGAGAUUAGUGAGCAGGGCUACAAGGAUGCGAUGCGCAAACUCUAUCUGCGCUACGAAAACAAUCGUCAACUCAUCAAGUGCCACAUCGAAACCCUCUUCGACACGCCUGCAAUGUCACGGGAAUCGGCGGACGAGCUGUUGCUGCUCAUCGAUCGAUUCGAGCAGCAGCUUUCGGUUCUCAAAUCUUUGGGUGAACCAGCCGACAAGUGGAGCUCUCUGUUGGUUUACCAGUUGUCCAUCCGCCUCGACCAGCGCACACUUCGGGAGUGGGAGAGCUACUGCACAAAGCUCGACUCCGAGAACGUUGCAUCCGUACUGGGAGGAAUCGUCAAGCCUGCUGAGAAUUCCGAUGAGAAGACGGUCACGCCGUCGUACGUCACGAUGAUCAACUACCUGCAGAACUACGCUCGUGUCCUGACAGCCGCUCCAGCUACGUCGCCACACCCACCUUCGCUGUCUCGCUCCAAGCCCAAACCAUCGAAGACGGUGGCCUACACAGCAACUGCAGCAGCGAAACCUGAAAGCAGUUCAACUACAGCAGCAUCCAGCAGCGGAAAGACGAGCAAGCCGUGCGUCAAGUGCGGACAAGAACAUCACCUGUACCACUGCCCAGGAUUCCACCAGCUCAACGUAAGCCAACGAUUUGAACUGGUGAGACAAAAACGCCUUUGCAUGAACUGCCUUCGUAGCACCGCGCACCUCGCUCGCGACUGUCCUGGUUCAACCUGUCGAACCUGUUCCAAGAAGCACCAUACACUCCUCCACACAAAUGCUUCCAGUGCUGCGUCUCAUUCCCAGACCAUUCCCCCUCCACCGCAAUCCACCUCGCAAGCUUCUGCCCAGCAAACAAACCCCUCAACUUCUGCGAGUGUUCAGAGCACUUCUGGAACGCCACAGUACGCUCUAGUCUCUCACGAUAGAGCUGCUGUUCUGGAAACCGUCUUUCUACCCACCGCGCUCGUGAACAUUCGAGAUUGCAGAGGUCGCACCCAAGUCGCUCGUUGUCUGCUGGAUUGUGCGUCGCAACGCAACUUCAUCACAGAAGCCCUUUGCCAAAAGCUGCAACUGCCACGUGUCCGCCUCCCGGACGCGAUCUCCAUCUGCGGAAUCGGGAACUCGUCUGCUUCUGUGAAGCACAAGACCACGGUCGCUGUCCAUUCUCGAGUCUCCUCCUUCGCGCUGAACAGCUCAAUGCUGGUUCUGCCGACGAUCACCGUGAAGCUACCACAGUCAACGGUGGAUGUUGGACAAUGGGCGAUCCCGCAGCACGUCGAGCUGGCUGAUCCAAAUUUUGCUGUUCCUGGGUCAAUCGACAUGAUCCUGGGCGCGUCGCAUUUCUUCCGAAUUCUCCGCAACGGACGAGUCAAACUCGGAGAAAACCUGCCACUUCUACAGAACACCAAGUUCGGCUGGGUCAUUUCUGGAGAUUGUCUGCGCGAAGGUCACGACCACGUAAAUCCACGAGACUGUCAGUUCAGCAACCCGUGCACGAUCGAGGAACUGGUCAGCCGUUUCUGGGAGCUCGAGGAGGUUCAAGACAACAAAGGCUGGUCACCGUCGGAACGCUACUGUGAGGAUCACUUCCUCCAGCACACAACCAGGGAUCCCGACGGCCGCUACGUAGUGAAGCUUCCCAAGCGCGAAGAAAUGGUGCCGCUUUUGAAAGACAACCGGUUCAACGCAACUCGUCGCUUCUACUCUCUGGAGCAAUCUCUCGAACGAGACCCGGAGAAGAAGGCGCAGUAUCACCGAUUCAUCGCUGAGUACCUGCAGCUCGGCCACAUGCGGGAGGUCGCACCAGAAGAGGUCGACGCUCAGCCGCAGUAUUUCCUUCCGCACCACGCUGUCAUGAAACCAGACAGUACCACCACGAAACUUCGCACUGUUUUCGACGCAUCGUGCCGCUCGAAGUCGGGUCUCUCGCUAAACGAUGUCUUACUUCCUGGUCCCACCAUCCAGGACACCCUGGUCAAGAUUGUGAUGCGCUUCAGAUUCCACCAGUUUGUCGUUUGCGCGGACAUCGAGAAGAUGUUCCGGCAAAUCUUGGUCCACCCGUCGGAUCAACCCCUCCAACGCAUCCUGUGGCGCGACGAUCCUGCUUUGCCGCUCAAGGAACUCCAGCUGUUGACGGUCACCUACGGCACAAACAGCGCACCGUUCCUGUCUACCAGGGUACUUCAGCAGCUCGCUGACGAUGAAGAACACCAGUUCCCUCUUGCCGCCCAAGCUUUACGCCGUGACUUCUACGUCGACAAUCUCCUCAGUGGUUCCGAUGACGAAAGCGCUCUCACCGCAUCCUGCAAGCAGCUCGUUGAGAUGCUCGCUUCCGCAGGACUUCCCCUCCGACAAUGGUCCUCGAACAGCCAAGCUGUGCUCGCUGCGAUCCCGCCGGAACUCCACGAGAAAAGCGCAAUCCGAGAUCUGGACCAUGAGGCGUCGGUAACCACCCUCGGCCUUCGAUGGGAACCCAACACCGACUUCUUGCUCUUCAAACCACCACACUGGAAGGAGUCACCCGUUCUCACGAAGCGAGUGAUAGCGUCGCAAGUCAGCAGCAUGUUCGACCCUCUCGGAUUUGUGUGUCCGACAAUCACGAAGGCGAAAAUCAAGUUGCAAGCACUCUGGAGGAUGCAGAUCGACUGGGACGCGCCCGUCCCUGAAGCGGUCGUGCGAGAUUGGAUGGAGUUCAAGCAAAGGUUGACCGGUUUCGAUCGGCUUCGCAUUCCUCGCCACGUCAUCCGUCCCGGCUCCAAGCGCCUAGAACUACACGGGUUCUGCGACGCGUCGGAGAACGCGUUCGGCGCCUGCAUUUACCUCCGUUCCAUCUCCGAGGACAAGAAGUGCACCGUUCGUCUUCUUACCGCCAAGUCCAAAGUUGCCCCCAUCAACAUCAAAACGAUCCCACGUCUAGAACUCUGCGGCGCCCGCCUGCUUGCAAAGCUGCUGUGCCAAGUUCUGGAAAGUUACGCAAUCGACGCACCUGUCUACCUCUGGACAGACUCAACCAUCGUCCUGAACUGGAUCUCUGGAUCACCGGUGAUGUGGGGAACCUUUGUAGCCAACAGGGUCGCUGAAAUCCAAGAACGCACUGCUCUCGCCACCUGGAAUCACGUUCCGUCUGGAGACAACCCUGCGGACUUGGUUUCGCGAGGAAUGGACCUUGACGAACUGAUGGAAAGCGCACUGUGGUGGCACGGACCGCAGUGGCUUGGAAUCGACCAGCAUCCCUGGCCGCAAAUCUACGUUCCCAACGCGAAUGUGGACGAAGAAAGACGGCGAGUCGUCUCUCUACCGGCUGUUGAAGACCAGCAGGAUAUCAUCAACCGGUACUCAAAUCUGCGUCACUUGAUCAGAAUCGGAGCUCUGCUUCGGCGGUUCUGCGAGAACUGCCUGCGUCACAAGAACGGUCAACUCAAGCUGGUUGGUCCACUCACCCUCGAAGAACUCGAUCGCACACAGCUGGACCUCAUCCGUCGAGUUCAGCAGCAGUAUUUUGAAGAAGACUUCCGCUUACUCAGCACAACGGGAAGAGCUCACCGGAAGUCGAAGCUGCGUUUCCUUCAUCCGCAGCUCGUCAAUGGCAUUAUUCGGGUUGGCGGCCGGCUUCACAAUGCGAGGGCCCCGGUCGAUGUCAAGCAUCCGAUCGUUCUACCAGCCAAACACCGCUUGACCGAGAUGAUCGCCAGAAGAGAACACCUACGAACACUUCACGCUGGUCCUGGGCUGCUGUUGUCCACCCUCCGACAGCGAUUCUGGCCUCUUGGCGGCCGGAACCUAGUGCGAAGCAUCGUCCACCGGUGCAUGACAUGCGCCCGAGCGAAACCAAGUACGCUGGAGCAGCUGAUGGGCAACCUUCCAAGCGUUCGGGUCAACCAGGCACACCCUUUCGAGAACGUCGGAGUGGAUCUAGCUGGUCCGAUCUACAUCUGUUCCUCACUACGAAACCAUCGGAACCCGAUCAUCAAGGCGUACAUCGUGGUGUACGUUUGUUUGGCAACAAAAGCGGUCCAUCUGGAUCUUGUCACGGACCUCACAACAGAUGCCUUCAUCGCCUGUUUGCGCCGAUUCUGUGGACGGAGAGGACUUCCCGCAAACAUUUACUGCGACAACGGGACCAACUUCGUCGGGGCGCACAAGGAGCUGGAGGAUCUGCGGAAGCUGUUUUUGACACAACGACACCAAGAUGCAGUUGCACGAGACUGUGCGGACAACGGAAUCCACUUUCACUUUAUCCCACCUCGUUCGCCAACCUUCGGUGGUAUCUGGGAAGCCUGUGUCAAGUCCGUCAAGCAUCUGCUGCGAAGAGUUGUCGGCGAUGCCCACCUCCUCGAGUCCGAGAUGCAGACUGUGUUGAUCCAAAUUGAAGGUCAGCUGAACUCACGUCCAAUCGUUCCGUUGCCUGCAAGCCCGUCUGACGAAAUGGCCCUUACACCAGGGCACUUCCUGGUCGGACGACCGCUCAACGCGAUUCCCGACCCAGAUCAACAAGCUAUCCCUGAAAACCGCCUGUCACGCUGGAGAAGAGUACAACAACUAGCACAACACUUCUGGUCGCGCUGGCACAAAGAGUAUCUGGCGACUCUUCAGAAUCGCUAUCGCUGGAACACGGAACUGGACAAUCUCGCAGUCGGUUCUGUUGUCGCGCUGAUGGACGAGCGAUACCCACCGCAAAAAUGGCUCCUGGGACGUGUUCUCGACGUACACCCGGGUGCAGAUGGCCUUGUACGGGUGGCCACGAUCAAGACGAGCACCGGGACGACUCAACGCGCCAUCAACAAACUCUGCCUGCUUCCGGUGGAGAUUGAUCCAGCCAGCAUAGCAACGCAACAACAAUCGCCGGUCGAGAGGUCUCCUGGCCCUAGCUCGGGGAACAGAGCAGCCGGUUCGGACGCCGGUGCUUACUCUAGUUAGAGUCGCCAGUCGAGGGGGACCUCCUGGCCCGCGCUCGGGGGAAUCGAGCAGUUCCUGGUUCAACUGUAAAGAGGAACAAAGCCUCGCCGUGUGGGUCCUCGGACCCCGCGGCUGGGACUUGGCCCAAGGCAAGUACCCUUUUGUUCCUUCUCAAUCAGAUAUUAAGCCGUUCAUCCUUCUAGCGUUGCACCACACCUCCCGAAGGAUGACACGCACCAAACACCAGCCAGGACUGCCGAUCAACCCCCAGCUGUUCGAGGAGCAUCUCUAAUUCGACGAAAAGCCUCGUCACGUGGGUCUGGGAGACAAACCAGACCCCGUGGCUGAGACUUAACUAGAGUUAAGUACUCGCAUCCGUUCCCGCAGAUUCCUGCGCUCAUUUCUUUUCGUUCCAGCUCGCACCAGGACACCAGCAUCCGUCGGUCUCUGGCAACGAAGAUGCUCCCGCUCACGUCUGCACAAUCCUGCCCGAUGAUCACCACCAACGUUCACCUGAACAACAUUUCAUUGGCGGCCGGGAUGUUGAAGACGAUAAAUGUUUUUGUGCUGAAAUUAAAUGUUGUUAGUUAAAAUUUUGUGUUAGUACUUAUCUUAGACAUUAAGAACACCAAUUAACACUUACCUGUACAAAACACAAAAUAUCUGUAAACAAAAAUCAUAAAACUUACCCACUAAACGCACCGCAAAAAACUGUUAUACACAAUGUGACAGACACAAAACACACACGACACACAACACACACCUGACUUUGUACAUAGACACACAUGCAAUAAAACAUUCACGAACAGCAAGUCACCGCGUUUGGUUCGGACUAAAACACAAAACAAGAAGUUACACGUUUUUCGACAAAAUCCGAACAAUUUUCACUAACAAGAACUACAAAAGUACGCGCGCGGACAAGUGAGAGGUGUUUUCGUGCAAGGAAAGGAUCAAGGAAGGCGGAAUUGGAGUGGAAAAGGUGCACACACGGAAGGAGGAAAAUUUGGAAAAGGUGCACACAAGGAAGAGGAAGGAAGCAAGGAAAAGGUUUUGGAAAAGGUGACACUAAGAUCUGGACCAUUUGC